GACGAGUCCUGCGAUUUUUCCCAUUUCGCCCCACUCAUCCACCGGUACACUGCCAGCCUCCUGCUCCUCCUAUCCCUCUUGCUUCUCAGACACUCUCUCCUGCCUCAGUCCCGAGGCGAAGCAGCCGCUUGUACCCUCUCUGCCUCACUCCUGCCUCCCACCACCACCGGUACCAAGAGUCCAGACCUACGGGAGAGUGGACGAAAACGACCCCUCGAAUCGGUACUGUCCUCUGACCAUCGGCGAGGCUGUUCGUGAGGCCCACGGCACCGUCUUCUCCCGCCUAACGGCUUUUGCCGCCGCCGCCGCCUCGUACUACCCCCUUGCGGCCGCAGCCAUGGCCGUCGCCAAUGUUGCCGCAACAACCGCCAAUAAUCACACAACAAAUCCUUCUGCUGCCAUCGGAUUGGAUGGGGCCAUAGCGCCUCUUCAGUCGAGACUCCAGACUCGAAUUCCGAAACCCGACAUCUUGGAAGAGUUGAACGGAGAAAUCCGAUAUCCUCCUACGCGUCCACGAAUUCGUGGUCCGGUUGUCAUGUCAACCAGACGGGAGCAAGAGGAGCCAGUUACCGUGUGGACGUCAUCAGGCCUGACAAGCAGCAUGGGAGGCCGCCAACCUCGAUCAAGCCUCAACUCGAUACACCUAUCGGGAGACCCCAAAGUCAAUAGGUAUCCAGAAAUAAUAUAUUAUUAUAUAUUGCAUAACUUCAUUCAUAUGAUAUGUGUCCAUCCUAUCUUCUUUGAGGUGCUAAAAAGAACUUGUAGUUGA